GGGCGCGGCGUCCGGGUUCGCCACUCGGGUGGUGGCGCGGGCGCCCAGGGCAGACACUAGGAUAAUCCGGAGGCGCGGCCCUGGAAUUGGGCAGACAGCGGGACUGAGACUGAAGCUGGGGCAGUGAGCACGCGGAGCCGCCGUGCCUUGGACUACGGCGUGUGGCGGCUGCGGGGCGCGCUGCCCUUCGCCAUGUACACCUUCGUGGUGCGCGACGAGAAUAGCAGCGUCUACGCCGAGGUCUCCCGGCUGCUGCUGGCCACCGGCUACUGGAAGAGGCUGCGGCGGGACAACCCCAGAUUCAACCUGAUGCUGGGCGAGAGGAACCGACUGCCUUUCGGGAGACUAGGUCACGAACCUGGGCUGGCACAGCUGGUGAACUACUACAGGGGGGCGGACAAACUGUGCCGCAAAGCUUCCUUAGUGAAGCUAGUCAAGACCAGUCCGGAACUGUCUGAGUCCUGCUCAUGGUUCCCCGAGUCCUAUGUGAUUUAUCCGACUAACCUCAAGACGCCAGUCGCUCCAGCGCAGAACGGCAUCCAGCUUCCGGUCAGUAACUCCAGGACAGAUGAGAGAGAAUUCUUCUUGGCUUCUUAUAACAAAAAGAAAGAGGACGGGGAGGGCAACGUUUGGAUUGCAAAGUCAUCAGCUGGUGCCAAAGGCGAAGGCAUCCUCAUCUCCUCAGAGGCAUCAGAGCUUCUGGAUUUUAUAGACAACCAGGGCCAAGUGCACGUGAUCCAGAAAUACCUCGAGCACCCUCUGCUCCUCGAGCCCGGUCACCGCAAGUUUGACAUUCGAAGCUGGGUCCUGGUUGACCACCAGUAUAACAUCUACCUCUACAGAGAGGGUGUGCUUCGAACUGCUUCAGAACCAUAUCAUGUUGAUAACUUCCAAGAUAAGACCUGCCAUCUGACCAAUCACUGCAUUCAGAAAGAGUACUCAAAGAACUAUGGGAAAUACGAAGAAGGGAACGAAAUGUUCUUCGAAGAGUUCAAUCAGUACCUAACAAGUGCUCUGAACAUUACCCUAGAAAAUAGCAUCUUGCUGCAAAUCAAACACAUAAUAAGGAGCUGCCUCAUGAGCGUGGAGCCCGCCAUCAGCACCAAGCACCUCCCUUACCAGAGCUUCCAGCUCCUUGGCUUUGACUUCAUGGUGGAUGAGGAGCUGAAAGUCUGGCUCAUUGAGGUCAACGGUGCCCCUGCCUGUGCCCAGAAGCUCUAUGCAGAACUGUGUCAGGGCAUCGUGGACAUAGCCAUAUCCAGCGUCUUCCCACCCCCAGACACGGAGCAGGUGCCGCAGCAGCCGGCUGCGUUCAUCAAGCUGUGAAGGACCGGAAGGUACAGAGCCACCUUGGGAAAUGUAUGGGGUCCUGCUCCAGAGGAACGUGAGAUAGCUGGACUGCUCCUGACCAAGGCAUGCUGGGGAACAGAUGUGCAGGAAGAACAGAAGAGCAGCCGGGCUGCCCACAGUGCUGUGGAGACCUUAGGAAGCUGACAGAAGUAACUGAGAGGGAGAGCCAGACGCUUUUCUAAAAGGCUGGAACCAGGGAUUUGUUAUGGUGCGAUCUGAUCCCUUGAGCGGUUUCUGGUCUUGGGUGGUUCUGGGAACAGCCCCUCCUCCCUGGGAUGCAGCUCGGGGCCUCUGAGGGGCGUCUUCCCGCCUGCUGCAGCUUUAGUGCCUUAGUCUGUGCCCGGUGCAGCCUCACUGGACACAGACUGGACCUUAGAGCAUUUUAGAGGUUGCCACAUGUUCCCUGCACAUUCCUUCCGUGACGCUGUCCUGCCGAACUCUGGACAAGCAUAGAGCACAGUCCAUGCUGCGCCUGGCCUGUCAGUGAAGGCCUCUUGCUUGUCACCAUCCUGGCGGGCUAUGAGUGAGCGCCUGCCGGGGGUCCUGUGGACACUAAAAGUGUAUGCUGCUCACUGCAUGUUUUAGAAACAAAAGCAGCAGGCCUGACGAAUCUGCAAGCAUCAAAUAAGCAUGAGAGAGAGAAAAACAAAA